UGACGUCAUUAGCUUGCGACGGCGUGGCUCCGAAUCUUCGGCGCGGCGUCCUCUCCGCGUCGAGAGAGCCUCAAGUGCGCUUCCUGCUCGUCUGCCGGCCUCUGACCUGGGCGCCUAAGAGGGAAGCGGCGCGAUGACGGACCGCUACACCAUCCACAGCCAGCUGGAGCACCUGCAGUCCAAGUACAUCGGCACGGGCCACGCCGACACCACCAAGUGGGAGUGGCUGGUGAACCAGCACCGCGACUCCUACUGCUCCUACAUGGGCCACUUCGACCUGCUCAACUACUUUGCCAUCGCGGAGAACGAGAGCAAAGCGCGGGUUCGCUUCAACCUCAUGGAGAAGAUGCUGCAGCCCUGCGGCCCGCCCGCCGACAAGCCCGAGGAGAACUGAGGCCCGCCCGGCCGGCGCCCCUCUUCCUGCGUUCCUCCGCGUUGGCGUCUUCUCCGAGGGCUUCCGCCCUCACCCCACCACCACCACCACCACCACCACCACCACCAGGGACCGAUUCUCGAUGACUUCUGCCUCUCAGACCUUCCGAGUUCAGCAUUGCUAAACUGGGGGAGUCCCGCCCGCCCUGCCUUCCCCUGGACCCGUCGAAAACGCCGUGGGAACGCGGCAAGAGCCGUUGAGAACUGUAACCUUGGAGAACUGUAACCUUUAGGAAGAUGCGCUGGUGUGAGACAGGACUGGGGGGCGUGUCCUGGGGGACUAGUUGAUCGUUGUUGCUUUUUUUCCAUAAAGUUUAAACGUUUCAAGGCAA